AUGGCACAGACAGCUGGCGUAAAGCCCAUGACCAUUGCUGGUCGUGUGGCUUCUGAAAGAGAGAGAUGUCUUGGAAUGACCGAUGUUGAAAGAGCUUGGCGUAAGCAAUGGUUGAAGGAUCAAAUCUUAGCUUCAAAUGAACCUGUACAUGUUGAAGAAUAUUGGAGAGAACGCACCAAUCCUAUUCGUCGUUUUUAUCGAAAACCUUUGGAUGUAUUAUUCACCAAACUUUCUCCAGUUUUGGGAAUCCAACGUGCAGCUGAUUAUAGGUACAUUACUGGAAAAAUUGGACUUAUUGCAGUUGGAAUUUUAGCAACUCAUUACUAUUUUAAAUAUCAAGGAAAUGAUUGGACUAAAAAGGGAGGUUGGAGAGUAUCAAGGACCAAGCCAAUGGUAUUGCCUGGACAAGCUGGAUUCCCAUAUAAAUCUGAACAAACUAAAGAUUCUGAUUAUGCUGAUAGAGGUUUCAGCAAAAAUGUUUUGGUACAUGAA